CUGAAAAUUUUACUCGACCGGUGUCUUUUUAAUCAUAGGAAUUAAUCGGAAUUUGUAACAAUGUUUGUCUCGAGUAAAAUUACAGCUAUUUUCUUGAUGCUCAUACUCAGCUUUAUUCAUACCGAUUCAUCUUCAUAUUCAGCUUGUACUAAAAAGUUAGAAAUGUUGUUUAGACGCUGUUUGUUAUCUGGUUUAAUUUCAAAACGUUGUCCAGGUUUGAGCGAAGCGGUCAUCUCAAGAUCUUACAAUGGUAUUGAAGAAUUGAAGAAACUUUGUAAUGCGUGUGGAGGCUGUGAAGUUUCUUUUAUGCGAUGUUCAGUUAAUAAACUUGACGCUAUUGACAACAGAGAAUGUUCACAGGCCAAAAUGUAUUCAAAUACAUUUCGUAGAAAACUUUCAACCCAAUGAAUGUAUACUUCGAUAUGUAUUAUGAAUUCGUUGUUUCAUGUUUGUAACUUAAACUGAAAUAUAAGAAG